AUGGCCGCACGAACAGAGGAUGGAUCCAAGGAAGAAAAGAUUGUGGAUGAACUAGAUAUCCUAACCCUAAUCCAUGGAUUGCCCUUAAAGCACAGGAUUUUUCCAGAGAUAGAGAACAUACCCCAGCUGUUAACUGUCUGUGAAGUACAUUGUGCAGCAGAAGCAAAAGUAAAUGGAAUGUUGGACUUUUAUGGAAUUCUCCAAGUAGAAGGGACAGCGGAUGAGGUGACCAUAAAGAAGCAAUAUCGUAAGCUUGUCCUCUCACUUCACCCUGAUAAAAACAGUUAUGCUGGUGCAGAAUCUGCUUUCCAGUUUGUCGCAGAAGCAUACUCAACAUUGGCUGAUCGAACAAAACGAUAUGCAUAUGACAUCAAAUGGAGGGCUGCUCCCAAGAUUGCACCAAAGCAGGCUAGACAACCGAAACAGGCUGCAGAACCAACUCGGGCUACACAACCGAAUCAGGCUACACAACCGAAACAGGCUGCAAAACCAAAGCAUGCUGCUAAACCAAAGCAGGCUGCACAGCCAAAGCAGGCUACACAACCAAUGAGGACUACAGAGCCAAUUAACAAAAAUGACGCAAAUAGAAGUAAUACAGCAGGAUAUGGGCCAUCAGGUUCAACACCCACCGAUGGGUGGACAUUUGGGACCAUAUGCAUCCAGUGUAAAACAAAAUAUAAGUACCAUGGCGACAUACUCAAUCGUCAGAUCCGCUGUCAGAACUGCAUGCAAAAUUUCUUUGCACACCAGAUAAGUACAGAGGAUGUGCCUUCUGCAUUCUCAUCAAAAACAGCAAAUAGUGCUGGGCAACAAGGCUGUGUUCCCACUCAACAAGGCUGUUCUACAAAUAUCUUUUCUAGAGAGAACAAAGAGGGGCCUGUGACAAAAGGAGUUGAAUUUUCUGCAAACAAUUCUUCUAAAGCAUCUGCACCAAAUGGAAAUGAUGGGGCAGAUGAUUUUGGUGACAGGAAAAACCUAGGUGGUGGGGUGGAUACAUCAGCAGAGCCAGGUGCUGCAGGAAUCCCUAGUCCACGGAGAUCUUCUAGGAGAAAGGCUUGUGUUGACGCCAACAACAUCCUGAAUUCUCCAAAGAAAAAGAGUCGGACACUCAAAGAUUGGUUCUCAAAUGCUGCCUCCAGUUCUAAUAAAGUGGUUGAUGAUAAUGUUGCCCAUGCUGAUGGACAAGUUAGUGAACCUCAUGUGUCUAGCAAAACAGAUAAUCAAGAUAGAAGUGGUACUGUCAAAGAAGACAAUAAAAGAAAUAAUAAAAAAACUUGUGAUCCACCUGCUGAGAAGCCUUGCAAUACUGGGAGCAUCACGUACCCUGACCCAGAAUUUUUUGACUUCGAUAAGUGCAGAGAUGUCAAACUGUUUGCAGUUGAUCAGAUAUGGGCACUUUAUGAUGACUUCGAUGCCAUGCCAAGAUUUUAUGCUAGAAUAAGACAUCUUAAUACCACCAACUUCAGAGUUAAGUACACUUGGCUGGAGCAUUCUGCAGUGAAUGAUGAUGAGGAAACAUGGACUGAUAAUAAUCUUCCUGUGGCUUGUGGGAACUUUACAUUAGGAAACACAGAGGAGUCACAAGAUCCCCUCAUGUUUUCUCACAUUGUUUCAUGGGCUAAAGGAAGAAAAAGGGGUUCUUAUGUAAUAUAUCCAAAUAAAGGUGAGGUUUGGGCUCUUUAUAAGGGCUGGAGUAUGCAGUGGGUCUCAGAUGCAGACAAUCAUAGAUCCUAUGAGUAUGAAGUGGUGGAGGUCCUUUCAAACUUCACAAUGGAAGCUGGUGUCACUAUUAUCCCCUUGGUCAAGGUUAAAGUGGGAAAUGAGAAGGUUGGUGUCCCUUGUGGGUUUCUUGAACUAGAUACCGUAUCCCUUCCUAGUAACCUGGACGUAGCAUUUCCACCAGUUACUCUUGAUUCAUGUGUGCCUAUCAACAAAACAAUGAGCAGUGGGUUUGUUGAUUUGACUGGCAACACUACACCUGGCCGUGGAAAUGAACGAAGCGCUCAAAAGGGAAUUCAUAGAAAUGUAGGGAAGUGGAGAAAACAUUCCCUUCAAACUCCUCAGCAGCAUAAUGCCUGCCUUGCUAGCAUGUCUGGUUAUUCUGCUCCGCAAGGCUGUCCCUCCCCCACUGUUUUCACAUAUCCAGAAACAGUGUUCUACAACUUUGAAGAAGGUCGGUCAUAUAAUAAGUUUGAACGAGGACAGAUAUGGGCUCUUUACAAUGAUUUUGAUGGCCUCCCCAAGUACUAUGGUUGGGUUACAAAAGUUGAUUUAGAUCCAUUUGGAGUGCACCUGACUUGGCUGGAAGCUUGCCCUCGAUCAGAGCAGGAGAAUACGUGGUUAGAGCAUGAGUUACCUGUGAGCUGUGGGACAUUUAGAAUCAAGAACUGGAGGAUCAAGUAUGACACAAAUGACUCGUUCUCUCAUGUAGUAGAAACACAAGUUGGUUCGAAGCGGCACUUUGCAAUCCACCCAGAAGUAGGGGAGAUUUGGGCGAUCUACCACAAUUGGUCACCUGGCUGGGUUCCUUCCAGCAAGGAUGCUUGCGAAUAUGCCAUUGGCGAGAUAACUGCGCGCACUGAAGCUAGCACGAAAGUUUUAUUUCUGACUCAGGUAGAUGGCUACAGAACUGUAUUCAAGCCAGACAAUGAGAGGAGUAUUCUGGAGGUGCCAGCAAAAGAUGACUUGCGGUUUUCUCACCGGAUACUCUCCAUCUGA